UUGGAUUAAUUCAGGUUUAACUCUUAACUCUGGUUUAAGAAUAAAAACAGAUUAAAAUGAAAUAGAACAUCCUCUUCUGUCCCUCGGUGGACAAACGGAGGAAACUCCUCAGUUCUGAUGUUUGGAUCUUGAGCGGGUUCUGGUCCGGUUGGACCUGAGACAAUAGAACCUGCUUUCUCCUGGACUCACCUGAACUACAGAGAUGCAGGUCAAGGUCAGGUCAGGGUCAGGUCAUUGUCCUGACUUAUCCUGCUUCCGCUCAGACGUGACGUCAGGACGUCUCUGUCCUCUCCUCAUUGGCUGCUGGAGUGUCACAUAAUUAACCCUGAACAGUCUUCCUCCUCUCUGAUUGGCUGCACCAUCAGCUUCCUGCGUGAAUAUCGGCCAAUCAGAUGCUUGCAGUUGCACCAGCGCAAUCUUGUUUUCCAGUGACCUUUGACCUACUCCUCCUACUGUCUGCUUAAAUAUUUGUUUAAUGGUUUUUAUCUUAUUUUCGCAGCAUUUUUUAAAAUGUAAUGUAUAUCUUUGACCUUUAGAGGGCAGCAGAGUGAACAAAGGAGGCAGAUCAACUUUAAAGUUUUCAUGACGUUUUUCCAAUUUUCUAUUUGUAGUUUUUAUACAGUUUUAAAACAUAUUUGUUAUGAUUUAUGUUGGCUAAAAAGGCAGGUUGUGGGAGAAGCAUAAGACAUGGGGCAAAGGUCAACGGGCCGAGACUCAAUCAUGGGAUUCAAACCCGUUUGGGCUGCGUGGCGGGCCGAGGCCUCCGGGCUCUAAACGCUGUGCCACCGGCCGCGCAACACACCGAUCUCAUUUUCAACAAAAUGGCCGUCUUCCGGUCGUCUCGACCAUUUAAUCCUUCCUCUCGGAGCUCCGUGUCCCGGCGGCGGCUUCCUGUUAUUGUCACAGCCCGCUCCGGUGGAUUUCACUGAUUAACGGCUGGAUCUUGGUCGGCUCCUCUUCCUCGCCGCCUGCGGGAUGGAGGACUCGGAGACGGAGCUGACGGUGUCGGAGUCGGACGCCCUGGGCGCGGACUUCAUCACGGUGGAGCUGGACACGCAGCCCAUCGAGUACGUGGUGAAGUGGGCCGAGGUCGGCUCCAAGUUCACCAUCUCCUGCGUGAAGAAGGACUCGGACGAGGCGGAGGAGCUGACGGCGGAGCCGCUGAAGAUCGAGGCGGACGAGGCCUUCUUCGCGCCAUACGAGGAGGUGUUCCCCUGCGAGGUGACGGAGCAGAGCGUGGAGAUCAAGACGGACUCGGACGAGGAGGACGAGGACGGCGAGGAGACGCGGCUGCUGCUGGAGGCCGGUGGCGGCGCGCCUGACGGCGAGGCGGACCCGGACGGGGACUACUACGAGCCGGAGGGCCGGCAGUACCGCUGCAGUUACUGCGGGAAGCGCUAUAGCCACGCCUCCAGUCUGUACCGGCACCAGCAGACCCACACAGGCCGGACCGGGCCGCCGCCGGCCGCCAAGAGGACCCUGGAGCCGUCGCACCCCGACGCCCGCUACGCCUGCCCGCACUGCGGCAUGAGCUUCAAGGGCAGCAGGAUGCUGGGCAGCCACCUGCGGCUCCAUGGGAAGCGGCGCAUCCACCCCUGCAACAUCUGUGGGAAGGAGUUCAACCACAGCUCCAGCCUGUCACGCCAUCGCCUCGUCCACAAGAAGGGGAAGGGCGGGGCCAGGGAGGCGGAGCCCACCGCCGCCCUGCGCCACAAGGCCGCCGCCAGGAACAAGAAGCCCCGUAAGGCGGGCGGUGGCGUGGCGGCAGGCCCGGCAGCGGGCCCGGCGGACCGGUUCUACGCCUGCCCGCAGUGCGACCUGAGCUUCCGGACGUCCACCCAGCUGUCCAAGCACCAGGUGAGCCACGUGAAGGAGCUGCUGGACAGCUACACGCCCGGCAAGGAGAACCUGGGCGAGAGCUCGUCCGACCUCAAGAUCCGCCUCAAGCUCUGCUCCCGCGACAAGCCCAACUUCUACACCCUGUGCAAGAAGAACCGCCGCCGCCGCGGGGGGCGGCCCCCCCGCGGGGCCGACGACGACCCGGAGGCCGGCGCCGGGGAGCCGGGCGGCCGCCGCCACGCCUGCGACCUCUGCGGCAAGAGCUUCAGCCACGCCUCCAGGCUGGCGCGGCACCAGCAGACUCACGGUGCUGGCCCGGGAAAGCCCGUCCUCGCCAAGCCGGGCCUGGCCGCCUCCAAGUCCAAGACCUACGUGUGCGUGGCGUGCAACAAGACCUUCAUGCACUCCUCCAGCUUCUCCCGCCACAAGAAGGCGCACCUGCAGGCCGCCCACCUGCAGGCCGCCGCCCUGAGCCGCAGCCCUCCCAUGGUGGACGAGACCGCCCCGCUGGAGUCCGACUCCGAGUGAGGGUCUCUUCGACCCGGACCCGUUCUGGGUUGGUUCUGGACCGGCGCCGACCGGUUCUGGACCGGUUCUGGGACCAGUUGUGGUCAGAGUGAGAAAUGUUCUGGACCCGUUGGGAUUCUAGUUCUCCAGGUUUCAGGAACUGGAACUGGUUCUGUGUAGAUAGCAGCAGGACGGCCAUAUAUGGGCGUGUCGGCCGCUUCCAUAUAUGGUCAGAAGGGACCGUUAGCUUCCUGCUCCUCUGAAUGGGCUUACAGGCAAUCCACCUGUUCUGGUCCCGCCCCCUGCCCCGCCCCCUCCUCAAACAGUCCCAGAGCCUCAUGGGAAAUGGAGUCAAGGCCAGCAGACUCUUCAGUAAACUGACUGCUGAUUGGAUGGUUCAAAUGAAACCUGUGAAAUUGGUUAUUGAUCAGCGAUCGAUUCCUACGGACAAUCUGUCACCAACAUAAAAGCGUUUCCUGCGGAUGCCCCGCCCCCUUCACUCUGUGUUCCUGCUCGACACUUUGAGUUUUAUUGUGUGAAUUGGAGUUAAUUUAAUGGUGAUUUAUUUAUAAAUGUGUGGGCCCCCCGACCCCCACCUCCUGUAGAAGAUAAGCAGCACUUGAUGCCCCGCCCCUUAAUACCCUUCCCCUUAACGCCCCCCACCCCCAUCGUGUUGGUUUGUUUGGGUUUGGUUCUGCAGAUAGAAAGAACAACGUUCCUUAUUGUACUAGAAUAAACCUGUUCACCUGUUCUGUCGCCAUUUUCUAAUAAAUAUUAAAACAUC